GCGAAGGGGACGGCGCCGGAGCCCGGGGGCGCCCGCAGGAGCCGCGCUAGGCCGGCCCGGGGGUGGCAGAGGCGAGGCGGGCCUUUCCCAGCGCGCCCAUGCAAGGCUCGUCGGUGCGCAGGCGGCAGGCGGCCGCGGGCUCCUCGCCGCCGGGCAGGCAUGGAGUGACCCAAGAGGAAGAUGCCUGCAGGAAUUCCCGCUUCCAUUUCGACCUGUGGUUUUAUUUCACUCUGCAGAAUUGGGUGCUGGACUUUGGCCGCCCCAUUGCCAUGAUGCUACUUCCUUUGGAAUGGUUUCCUCUGAAUAAGCCAAGCGCCGGAGAUUAUUUUCACAUGGCUUACAAUGUUAUCACACCCUUUAUUCUUCUGAAGCUCAUCGAAAGGUCCCCUAAGACUCUUCCCCGGUCCAUGGUGUACAUCUGCAUCAUCAUAUUCGUCAUGGGAGCCAGCAUCCACUUGGUGGGCGAUUCCGUCAAUCACCGGCUGAUCUUCAGUGGCUACCAGCUCCACCUGUCCGUCCGAGAGAACCCCAUAAUCAAAAACCUCAAGCCAGAGACGCUGAUCGAUUCCUUUGAACUGCUGUACUAUUACGACGAAUAUCUGGGUCAUUCAAUGUGGUAUAUUCCAUUCUUUCUCGUCCUGUGUAUAUAUUUUUCCGGCUGCUUCAUACCCAUGAAAGAAGAACAGCAGAGGAUCCCUGUCGCUGCUCUGCUCCUGAUUGGGCCCAGCAGCCUCUAUUACUGGUAUCUCGUCACGGAAGGGCAGAUCUUUAUCCUCUUCAUUUUCACCUUCUUCGCCCUGAUGGCUUUGGUGAUGCACCAGAAGCGGAAAGGGUUGCUCAUGGAUAGCAAUGGGCGCUUCCUCUUUUAUUCCUUCGUUAUCACGCUGGUGUUGAUUGCCCUGUGGGUUGGCUGGCUCUGGAAUGACAAGAUCCUCAGGAAGAAAUACCCUGGCAUCAUCUACAUUCCAGAACCAUGGGCGUUUUACACCUUGCACAUGGGUAAUCUGCACUCUGCAAAGGGGGAGAGCAUUUAACCUGGCUACUUUUUAAGGGGGGGAGGGAUCAUUUGAAAAUGCAGCCCAGUUUGCUGGAAUUUGUCUCCUAUGCAAGCACCAUUGAAGCAGGGGAGAUUUGUGCAGUGGACUGGGCCCACGGUACAGAACAGGAGGAGGAGGUCUUCCCCAAAUUUCACUGUAGCUCAUAUAAAGACUGGAUCUUGAUCCUGUGCAGGUUUACAUGGCAACAAGCUCCACUGAAUUCAUUGGAGCCUAUUCCCAAGUAAGGCUGCAAUCCUAAUCAGGUCUACUUGGGUGUAAUUUGUAUUGAAUUCAGUGAGGCUUCAUCCCAGGUAAAUUGGGUUAGGGUUACAGCCUAUGUCUGUUUAGGAUCUCAACCAGCGUCGGUACUGAGGGCAUGCUUGAGUUGAAUAUUUUUGCAGCCUGACAGGGCCCGCCGUUGAACUUUUAAGCAUGCAUCUGCUUGAUCUCUAGGCGUCUGGGUGUUCUUUAUGCUUCUGAUCCCUAUGGCUGCUAUUAAGGUAACCUCGUCAGCGCGUCAGCAGCGUCUGUUAGAAUCUCAGGAUGUGCAGCAGGCCAGAGCAGGCUCAGAGCUAUGCACCCCUUUGUGCUUCCCAUUUUCCUUCCGGUAUCUGGCAGAAUAAACUAUGCAAAUAAAUGAGAAUCUACUUGUUCGGUAGAGAAUAGCUUAGUCCUAGCUGCAUUUUUCUGAAAACCCAGGGUGGGUAGAGGUCUGCCGACUGAUGCUUUCAGCAGAUCUGCUGCUGGAUUUUUUAUCUGCUGCUCUUGAAGACUUCAGGAGCACUUGGAGUUGCUCUUUUCAUCUUAACGAAUCUUGAAACGCUCUCUGAUCAUUUUUCAAGAGAGAGAAUUGAGCAUAGAGUAGCUGGCCUUGUAUCAUCACUGUGGGUUAUGCUAAUCCUGUCCUCCCGAUUCUCUGCAGUCUCUGGUGUGAACAAACUGGUAACUGGCAGGGAGGGAGUGUAGUUCAGGGCUGGGUUUAAGCACUGCAUCAGCAACUGUAAGCGGGUUUGCGGGUACUGAAUCUGAUGUAUGUGGAACCUCAGUUGCUGAGGGUUGCCCUUUCUCCAUUGGUUUAAAGCAGCCUUUCUCAACCUGACCCUUUUCAGGUGGCUUGGACCACUCCCACCCCAUCAGCCUCAACCAGCACAGUCCUAUUUCUCUACUCCAGCACAGCUGUCUUAUGUUAGGGCUGAUGGGAGUUAACAGUCCAAAAUAGCUGGAGAGCACCAGCUUGGGAAAGUCCAUUUUCUGGGAUUGCUAUUUAUUCCAGAAUCUUGCAGAGCUUCUAUGACAGAAGGAGAUGCUCCUGAUUUUGAACACGGCUGUAUUGUCCUUCUUACUAAAAAAAAAAAAAAAUUCUCCACCCCUCACCACAAGAUUGUAACCCUCAAAACAAAGCUGGCUUUAGUGGGACCAAACCAGGGCUGGUAACUGAUUGCAGAACUUUUAAUUGAUGUAAUCAUCUGCCACUUAGCGUUCAUGCAUUCAGAAGGACAAGUGAGGCCUUAAAAUGGGGAGGGCGCGUAGGUCACCUCGUUCUACCCCCAGUCUUCCCACAUUGAGUGGGAAGGUCUGAAAAGGGGAUAGUAAGGACAUUCAGCCAACUGUGAUUACCAGCCCCCUCCAGGCCUUUCUACCAGUGGCAGCUGAUGGCGCCAUGCCAUGCUGCAGCACCCUGGACAGCUCUGUGAAAGUUUGAACUAAGCCCUGGAGCACUCCACUGCCCCACUGACGUGGAGCCACCAGCCACCAGUGCUUUCCACAUAACCUGGAAAUGCUUGGGGUAGGGCAGGUGGGUCCAUGUUCCCCAGUGUAAGUUGCCUGUGUUCUGUUGAAUGCUUGAAUAGGACAAUAGUCUAGUAGUGAACUCAGGCAGGCAGGCAGUUAUUUGCUAAAAAGCAUUGGUCAUCACAAAAAGCACAGGAAUACGAGCAGCAUUAAGGUACAUUUUAGGAUAAAUGGUCCCCAGCCUCCUGUGCUCCAUGUUGAACUCAAGUAGCAAAAUGGGGCCACCCCAAAAUAAGGAAGUGGCUUCUACGUAGUUGGGGGACUUGUCCCUGGCUACUCAAGAAGUUUGUAAAUGAAAAUGAAUGGUUUUUAUUUGUGUGGAGGGAGCUUGAGAAGGAUCUGUUGAGAUUCUGGGAUGGAACAGAAUGAUGGGGGGUGUCAUGGGUGGGGGAGAGAAAUGGAACUGGAGGUGGAGGCGAUGGUGAUGGAGGAGGAGAAGGAAGUGGUUUGCUGGAGCCCUGAAAAGGUUAUAUCGUUAAGCUUCCUUGAAGAGGAGGAUUAGGGUUGGGAGGGCAGAGCUGGUACAUCACGAGGUUAAAAACACACACAAAAAACUCCCCUCCCUGCUCUAAGCAGAUCUGUUUUGGGAGGCGGAAGAGGGGGAAAUAGCAACUUCUCUAGAACCACCUCCUUUCUUUCCCCUGCCCUCUGCAAGCUGGCAGUGAGCUCCAAAUAACAUAGCACAGGAGCGGGUGGCCUAGCCAUGGUUUACAUGCAUCUUAUCUUAGAGUUGCCAGUUACUUCCCUCAGUUGUGGGGUUGCCUCAUCUGAAGCUGCUGUGAGCUUAGUGAUGAACUCGGGGAAGAACUGAGGGCUCUUCCCUCGAGGCACUAUUCUUUUAUUUUCAAAAGGUUAGCCCAGAAUGCAGCCCACUCUUGCAAGACAAAAUAGUAGACCAGCCUUCCCCAUCGUGGUGCCCUCCCAUGAGCCCCAGCCAGCACAAAAGGGUUGAUGGUCAUUGCAGUCCAAAACAUCUGGAGGGCACCGGGUUAGGGAAGGCUGUAGAAGAGGAGCCAGGCUCAAAACCAGAAGAGCUGCAGUUAAGGUGUAUUGCCCAGCUCUCACCACGCAGAGACCAGAAAGGUUGCAUUUUUGCUGAUUGUCGAAACGAAUGCUUCCGAUGGACAGUGAGCCACUUUCAUUCUGAUGUCUUUCGUCCUUCCUGUGCUUUCCCUCCAACCUCUCCUUCAAUACUCAGGUAGAAAACUUUAAGGGAGGGGCAGGGUCAUUUCUUCAAAGCUCAAAGGAGUAAAACUAUGUUUUUGUAACCUGGAAUUCCUGGACCGAAUCCUCAUUCACUGUUUGCGUUCCAUGACUUUGCGUUGUGUACAUAAUCCCGAGUGUGUCCAAACUAAGUGGCUGUAAAACUUUGUUGGCAGAUAAAAUAAAAGUUUGCUAAACGUC